CAGCCGGCGAGGGCCGCGCGGAGGCCCCGGGAGGGCGCUGUUGGCGAGCCUGGAGCGCGCGGCGCCCUCGGGGGCAGCGGGGCGGGGGCCCAGGACGUCAUUCCGAGCGCCCGAAGGCACGAACGCGACUGCUCAUCUGCACUUUCGGCCCGAGCUCUCGGGCGGACUCGCAACAGCCGGGCGAGAGCUGAGGACGCAGGACUGAACGGACGCCGGCUCCAUCAGAGUGGCCCCGUGGUGCCGGAAGCCGACAGAGGCUUGGAUCUGGGCGGGCAGUUAUGGAGACAGAGGUCAACAUCUGUCCAGCUGUGCGAUGUCCUCGCAUGCAAGGCACCAGAUACAUUGGUUCCAGUUGAGUGGGCCGGGCCGUGGUGUCGGAAUCGCAGUCCACGCCCGGCCAGGGGCCCCCAGGUGGGAAUCUCGCCCGUGGCAGACGCGGGUCUGACAAAGCAGGGGCCCGGGCGACACUGCACGGCUCACAGGUCCUUGGACGUCUCCACGGCGCCCCAGGCUCCUCCCCAGUUCCCUCGCAAUGUCGCGCUCCUGAAGGUGUUGCCUACACCUGGCCUGAGUUCGUGGUUUUCACCACUGAGUUAAAUGAGGGGUCCUCAGCCCCAGCAGCUCACAAGGCAGCUGAUGAGUGUACACAGUGUAAAGCAGUGUGCGGCCGUCCACGCCGGCGACUGGCUCGGAGAGGCCUGCCCUGCAGGCACCCGGGAGUGGGGAGCUGCCGACCAGUGAUGAGCAGCCGUGUGCCGCUGGCAGAGAAAGCUCUGUCCGAAAGCUACGCCCGGCUGCGGUACCGGGACACGUCCUUGCUUAUCUGGCAGCAGCAGCAGCAGCAGCUGGAAUCGGGGCCCCCCGGGACCUACCUGAGCAGGAGCCGUAGCAUGUGGUACUCACAGUAUGGAAACGAGGCCAUCCUGGUGCGGGACAGACACAAGCUCGGAGUCUCUCGGGACACAGGCCGAUCCAAGUUCUGUACCAUCAUGUAGUUCUGUGGGAUACCCUGGGCCCGGGCGCGGAGCUGGGCGGAGAUCAGGCCAUGCUGCACUCAGCGAGUGGCCUUGUGGUCCCCAGGCCUUACUGGGAGAUUCUGGACAGUGAACAAGGAGACCCGCAUGUGCUUCCAGAAUCCAAGAAUGCUCGCAGGGGCUCCUGAGGCCUCUCCACAUACCACGUGAGUGGCGGACCUGGCUCCCGGGCUUGGCGGCAGCCCUGCCAGCACUGGGGACAAGGCCUGGGUGGGGACACAGCUAGAUGUGGCUCUUCUGUUUCCAAGAGGCCCAAGCAAGAGGGACAACCCUGGCUCCAGACCUUUUCAGAAUUUUCUAGGUCGUCUCCAGGAUUGCCUUCUUUCUGGUAAAGAACAGGACAGACCUAAAAAAGAUGAAGGAACCAGCGUCAGGUAUGGCCAAGCGUGGCGUGCGGGGCCAGGUGGGAGUAAGGGGCCAGUGGCAGCCUCGCAGCAGGGCCUUCGAUGAUGAAAAUAGGAAUUGUGUGCGAUGCACUGUAGUAGCUUCUAGAAGGUUCUACACCAGCUUCCACAUACUUGGGGGCGAGCAUGUGAGGGCAUCCAAAAAAACAGUACGGAAACCGAGAUGUAUUUUCAAGUUUCACAUCAGCUGCUUCCUAUGGGAUCUCACGGCCCCGUGCACAGAGGCGGCGGACAGUCAGCUCUGCGGCGGCCCCACGUGGACCGUUUGGCAUUUGCAGUGGACGUGCCUUCGGCUGUAGGGACCUCUGCGCGGUUCUGCAAAUGUGGGGAUGUCUUUUGUUAAAGCCGAUUUUUCUAAAUAAAUAAGCUUUGGGGGAUUCCUUC